GAAACUGAAUCAGUCAGAAAGCUCGUAUUCACCUGAAAUCUCUCUUUUUACGCUAGAAUAUAACUACAGCACAUUUCAUGACUCUGAGAGGAGUGUAAACACAUUCCUGACUCUCGACAAAAAGCAAGGGAAAAAAUAAAGGUUUAACAGUAUCAGGAAAAAGAAAUUGGCAGAAUCUUCAUCACCACAACCAAGAAAAGACAGAAAGGGAAGCAUGGACAGACCAGAGUCUUUUUCUGGUGACUCCAGCAGUCUCCUGUCUGAAGAGCAGCUGCGGUGUUCGAUCUGUCUGGAUGUGUUCACUGAUCCACUCACAACUCCAUGUGGACACAACUUCUGUAAGAGCUGCCUUACACAGUGCUGGGAGAAGAGUCAACACUGUUACUGUCCAUUAUGUAAAGAGAAAUUCACCAAGAAACCUGAACUGAAGAUUAAUACAACACUGAGAGAGGUUGCAGAUCUCUUCAAGAAGAAACAUGGUCCUGACAAGCCUGAGGUUCUUUGUGAUGCCUGCACUGGAGAGAAGCUGAAGGCCCUGAAAUCCUGUCUGGAUUGUCAUGCAACUUACUGUAAAACUCAUUUAGAGCCUCAUAAUCAAGUUCCAAGCUUUAAGAAACACAAACUAAUAAAGCCUGUGGAGAACCUGGAGGACUACAUAUGCCAGAAACAUGAGAGACCCCUGGAGCUGUUCUGUAGAGAUGAUCAGAUGUGUGUGUGUCAGUUCUGCACUGAAGGAGACCACAAGAAUCACAACACUGUUCCUAUAGAGAAGGAGAGCAGAGAGAGGAAGACUCAGCUGGGGAACACACAGAGGGAUGUGCAGCAGAAGAUUCAGGAUCGACUGAGGAAGAUCCAAGAGAUCAAACACGCAGUAGAGCUCAGCAAAAGAAGCACAAAGGAAGAGAAAGCAGACAGUGUUGAAGUCUUCACUGCUCUGAUUCGCUCCAUUGAGAGAAGUCAGGCUGAGCUGCUCAAGGCGAUGGAGGAGAAGCAGAAAGCAGCAGAGAGGCAGGCUGAAGGACUCAUUAAAGAGCUGGAGCAGGAAAUCACUGUGCUAAAGAUGAGAGACACUGAGCUGGAGCAGCUCUCACACACUGAGGAGCAUCUCCACCUCCUACAGAUUUACUCCUCCAUGUGCAGCCCUCCACACACCAAGAACUGGACUGAGAUCAGUAUUAACACUGAUCUGAGUGGGGACACUGUGAGGACAGCUCUGUCUCAGCUUCAGCACACUCUGAAUGAGAAACUCACGAAAACACUCAAUGACAAGUUAAAGGAAACAGUUUCCACAGAACUGAAGAGGAUUCAGCAGUAUGCAGUGGAUGUUACUCUGGAUCCUGAUACAGCUCAUCCCAAACUCGUCCUGUCUGCUGAUGGAAAACAAGUGACAUAUGGAGACACACGACAGAAACUCCCUGAUACACCACAGAGGUUUGAUAAGUGUGUUAUGGUUCUGGGAAAGCAGAGUUUCUCCUCAGGGAGAUUUUAUUAUGAGGUGCAGGUCAGAGGGAAAACUGCGUGGGAUCUCGGAGUCAUGACAGAGUCCAUUAACAGAAAGGGGAACAUUAAACUGAGCCCUGAGGAUGGAUUUUGGACUGUGUGGCUGAGGAAUGGGAGUGAGUAUGAGGCUCUUACUAGACCUGCUGUCCCCCUCACACUGAGAGAGAAGGUGGAGACGGUGGGGGUAUUUGUGGAUUAUGAUGAGGGUCUGGUCUCCUUUUAUGAUGUGAAGUCCAGAUCUCAUAUCUACUCUUUCACUGGUCAGUCUUUCACUGAGAAACUCUAUCCAUACUUCAGUACAUGCACAAACGAAGGAGGUAAAAAUUCAGCGCCACUGAUCAUCUCUCCUAUACGAAAGACUGAAUGAAUUUUCAUCUCCCAGAAAAUGAAGAGUUUAAAAAAGGAAUUUCAAACUUUUUCUUGAUGUCAUUAAAAAGUCAUAAAUCACAGUGGAACCUCUUGCACAGGCAGUUAGAGAACACAAACAUAUCUCCCCAAUUACCAUACAUGGUACAAAACACUUUAUUUCUCUUUAUGCAGAUGAUAUUCUGAUCUUUCUCUCUGAUAUAGAAAGUUCAGUCUCUCAUGUAGUAUCCUUGUUUGAGGAAUUCAAGGAAUUAGCUGGCUAUAAAAUAAAUUGGUCAAAGUCAGUUCUACUCCCUAUCAAUUCUGAAGCAAAAAAUAUUCCACUUCCCUCUGGUAUUCCCUCUAAUUCUACCAUGCACUACCUUGGUGUGGAUAUAUACACAACUUUAUCUAAAACAGUUAAUGAUAAUUAUACAAAAAUGCUCCAGAAGAUCAAAGGUGAUAUGCAAAGAUGGAGUAUUCUACCUGUGUCUUUACAAGGGAGGAUCUCCAUUAUUAAGAUGAACAUAUUGACCCAGUUAAUUUUUUUUUAUUUUUAUGUUACCAACCCCCCCCCCCGCAAACUUUCUUGAUCAAAUUCAAUCUAUGACUUCCAAAUUUUUGUGGAAUGGCAAAAGGGCGAAAAUUAGAUCAACUACCCUGCAACAUCCUAAGUUAGAGGGAGGGUUAGCCCUCCCAAAUUUAAAAUUUUAUCACUGGGCUUUUCAACUCCAGGCGUUGCGUAUUUGGACAAAUGUGAACUCUAAAGUACCUUGGAGAGUUAUAGAGGAAGCUAUAGCAGCGCCCCAUAGGUUGCAGGAUCUUUUGUACAGUAUAUUAAACAGAAACACAGGAACAUAAGUGCCAGUCUAGGAAGUGUAAUUUCAUAUUCCCUCUUGGUAUGGUGUAAAGUACAGAAACUUCUUGGCAAUAUGCCUAUGUUUCAUAAACUAACCCCCUUGUGGAAUAAUCCCCUUAUUUUUACUGCGGAUAAACCUUUCAAAUUUGUUCCCUGGGCAGCGAAGGGUGUCAAUACUUUAGAAAAUAUAUGUGGUGAUAAUGGUUUUCUUUCCUUUCAAGAUCUGAGACAAAUGUUUGACCUUCCAGUCUCUACAUUUUUUCUCUAUUUAAGAUUAAGGUCUUCAUUGGUGGCAUGUGGCUUGAAGUGUGAUGCACAAAUACAGACACACCUACUGUCGGAGUGGUUCAGCACCAGACAGUGGUCUCGGGGAUGGGUCACAAGGGUAUAAAACACAUUCAUACACUCUCACUGUAAACUACUACCCAUCACAGGCAUUUGGGACAGGGAACUUAAAAACACUGAGCCAAAUUGGCAAAGAAUAUGGGCAAAUAUAAACAACACAUCCAGGAAUUUAGGCCACCAGUGGAUCAACCUUAAAAUAAUCCAUAGAUGUUAUGCCACACCUUAUAGAUUAUACAGAAUGGGUUUAAGUUCUAGUCCUGAUUGUACUUUAUGUUCAAACUCUGCUGUGGGAACAGUAUUGCACAUGUUCUGGGAAUGUGAUAAAGUUAAAACUUUAUGGACUCGUGUGUGAUACAGGCCCGGCGCCAGGAACAGUUUACUAAGGGGGCAAUUAGAAAUCGCAAGGGGGCAAAUAUUUUUCAUAUAGUGUGUAGUAGUGAUGGCGGUCUGACAACGUGUUUCAAACAAUUAACUGCGCCAACCACAAAACCACGUCCCCGAAGGUUGCUUUAGUACGGGAAACUCAUGUGACAUAUUACCAGGGCAGUUGCGCUUUAUCAACACCCAUGCCCACCUGUUAACCCUCCCCUCCAAUUUUCUCACAGACACGCGUUACAACCGGAAAGAUGCCAAACAUAAAACAACACACACAAACCUACAGGCAAGUUCUUUAAAUUUAAAAUACAUACAAAUAGCUCCGCGGCAUGAAAACAAAACAUCAAUGCAAGUCUAAGGUACUUGGCUCGGCGGCCAAAAUCAUAAUUUAAAAAAAAUCAACAGACCCCGCGGCUGCACCAGUUUUCAUAGCCUUCCUGACUCGCACCGAGUCAACGCUAACCACUUAAUCCGCGAUCCCAGUUUAGGUGUGUAGGGGACAAAACACUCUGAAGUGAUGAAUUUUCACCCCCGCUGCAUGGGGGUGACGUCAACGACACAUAUUCUUAUGCUAUUUGCACACAAAGCGGACCAUAUAUGAACACAUACACCAACAUAAACGGAGAUAAACUUAGCCUACAAAGAAAGAAUGUAUUUUUGUGCAAUGCGCAACCACUUAAUAUUUCAUAUUUGAAAAUGCAAAUAAUUAAUACGUCUAUAAUACAUUAUAUUUUCAUAAGAAAACAAUUAAGUGAUCUGAGUCUCCGUUGAGGGGGCAGGGCUGUAGCCACGAGGGGGCGACGCCCCCUUUCGCCCCCCCACGGCGCCGGGCCUGGUGUGAUAUCAUGAGUAAAAUACUUUGGUGUACGAUAAACCCAGAUCCAUGCCUAUGUCUGCUAAACUGUAUUGAAAACACUGUAUUGAAUUUCAAAGUAAUUUAUAGGAGAUUCCUUUUUUGUGCAUUUACAGCAGCUAAAAAAAUCUAUUCUAGAAUACUGGUAUCAUCAAAACAUAAAUCUAGUUAAAACCUGGUUGAUCAAUGCAAAAUAUAUGGCUAACUUGGAGUACUCCACAGCUCGGCUUAACCGGGCAAAACCUGAAACUGUGUCUGAGUGGUCGUAUUUUGUGUUUGAAUUGAAUGAGCGCCUUAGAGGCCAGUAAUGUAUUCUGUAAUUUUCUCUCACCAUUCUCCGGUUUUAUUUUCUCAUUCAAUUAUUGGUGUCCCUCCUCCUUUUUUUCUUUUUAAUUUUUAGACAAUGUAGUGUACAGCUAUUUUUCCCUGGUUUUGACUUCUGUUUGUUAAUGUGGUGACGGAUAUGUUUUUUGGUUUGUUGUUAUUUUGUUGUGUUUUGUCUCAAAACUCAAUAAAAAUGUGAAUCACAAAAAUAAGUCAUAAAUCACAGAACAUCAAAGUAAUGCAAUCAGAAAUAAUCAGAAAUGGUUACCUAACAUGAAAUAAAUCUGAAUUUUACUUUUUUAAAGGUGAAUAAUGAUAUAAAAUCAAUUGUAUUUUCUAUUUUGUCUCUUAUAUUGAGAAGUGAUAUUUGUUCGGGAAUUUUGAAUCGCAUCUGUGUAUAACAUUGUAGGCUACUUUAGAUUUUGGGUCAUGUUUAAAGUCAAAUCCUCAUGUUCAAAAUUUAAUGUCAACCAUAUUGUUAUGAAUCGCCCCUCUCAUCCUGAGCAGCAUGACCCCGGUGCUAAAUAAACACUUUUAUGGGA